GUUGUUUACAAUAUGGCGGACACCAUUAAAAUUGACAUUAAUUAAAUCACUACAUUUUUCGGUCUUUUUAGAGGAUUUUAUCCGGUCAGAUUGUGUGUGAGUUAGCUUUAAAGCGUCAAAGAACAAGACACAAUGCCAGCCAAAAAGAAAAAGAGCGGAAAGAAGAAGAAGAGUGGCAAGAAGUCUGCAAGAGGAUCCCCAACUAAAAUGGGCCCAGAUAUCAAUGAGCUUUCCAAAGAGUAUUAUCUCGUACAAAUCAGGGAUCUGGAAAACAGACUUGCAAGAUACCAGAAAAAGUGCGAUGAGUUGGAGGUUUCCAAUGGCCAGUUCCAGGACAAGUUCGAGCAGAUGGCCACAGAUAAGAAGGAGAUUGUUGCCUUCUGGAAAAAGCAGGUUGAACAGAGAACUGAUGACAUUGCUGAUCUGAAUGACAGACUGAUAGGUCUACAGCAGGCCAAGGAUGCUGAGAAGGAACAAUACGAGUCUGAACUCCAGAAAUUAAAGAAUGAGUUCCAGGAGACAAAAGACCAGCUUCAGUCUGAAAAUAUGAUCCAACAGGGCAAGCUGGCUUCGCUGGAAGAGUUUAAGGUCCAGAAGGAAGAUCUGAUGAGGAAGUUUGCUGAGAUGGAAGAAGAGCUUGCGAAGAAUGAGGCAGACCACAAGGAAGAGAUCUACAGACUUGAGAGGAAACAGGUCAUCGAUAAAGACAUGCUCAAAAAAGAAAUGGUGAACAGAGUAAACCAAGUUGCUUCAGAAUUCCGCAAAGUCUCCAACAAACAGAUGGCCGAGACGACGAAACGAACGAUCCGAGACAACGUGUCAAUUACCGCUCAGCUUGAUAAAAUGUCUGACAAGACGACAGAACUCAUUUCGGAAAAUGACGAGUUAAAGAAGAAAAACAAGGAACAGAGACAAAAGAUUGAGAUGCUUGAAGACAACGAGAAAGAAAUUUUAAAGAAGAAUCAUAGUAAUCAAAAGAUCAUCAAGAUGUUGACUGAGAAGUGUCGUAACCAGGAAGCCAUGAUCGAAGAAUUUGAGUUGCGAGAACAAGAGUACCAGGAACUGGUGUCGGAGAACGAGAUGUUGCGAUCGCAGAACGAGUCUAUGAAAGAAGAGAUUGACACUUUAAAUAAAGACAAUGAUAACUUGGAGUUUGAGCUGCGAACCGAAACAGACAAAGUCAGCAAAGAAGUCCAGAAUCGUAAAAAGUUGGAGAAAAUACUUGGUGACGCGGCUGGAGCUCUCAAAACAGCGCUUAGGAAAACAGACCCUAAUGAGGAUGACGAGAACUCGAUGAAUGAGGUUGAGCGAAGGGACAAUAUGUUAGAAUACCUGCUCAUAUUGCUAAACUCUGCUGCGGCCAUUGGGGUUGGCCCGCAGCCUGGGGAUAUUGGGAAACAGUACAAGGUGCGACAGAAGAGUGCCAGCGAGAUGCCAGGAAAACAGGGCAUUAAAAGAGGCGAGCUGCCUAUGGUGACGGGACCUGGCACACUGCCUCACUAUCAGUUGGGCGACCUGGGCUUGAUCCCGCGCCCGAAGCAACCCAUCAUGACAAAUCUGGACAAGAUGCGGGUUCUCUCCGCGACCACACGUCUUGGCGGGCUCCGAAAAGUUCUCUGUCGCUCCGUUGGUGUUCAGACCGUCAGCGCACCUAAGGCGAUGUUCUACGCUGAUCAGCUAUUGAGUCGAGCCCCUCAUUCCACACAAGAAACUGUUCUACAUGACCUCCAGCCCCCAGAACGAUCACGCGCAUCCCCAAUCUCACUCGGACCAAUCUCAUCCUCGAAAAAGAUGAUGGCGAAAGUCAUGUGAUCAAAAAUGGAGGAUUAGUUGUGUUUUAAACUUUAGUAUUUAAUGUUGUUAUUGAGUAAUGAUAUUGUUUACACAAGCGGUUUGUGAUCAACAUUUAUUUUAUUAUAAAAACACUUAGUUGAGUUUUAUUCUUUAAAUCAGUAUUUUGUGAUUUAUACGUUUUUGGGUCGUAAUUAUGUGAAUGAUUAAAUGAUAAAUAGCUAAAAAGAUUUUUUAUCAGUAUUGAAAAAGCAAUACAGCCUUAAAGGGGCCAAAAACAGGUUGAUGUAAACAAGUUUUUUUUAAUUUUAAUGCAUUAUUUUAAAUUCUUUUCUCUUAGAUAAUCAAAUAAAAAAAAUGCAUAUGAUUUGUGUUCAGAUUUAAAAUAUUAUAAUAUUCACAUUCAUAAAUGUUUUUUUUUUUUAAUUUAAAAGCUAUGUGAUCUCAUAUUAAACCUCAGUUAAAAAUGCGCAAAUAUAAUGCUUAAUAUUUUUUAUCUGCAUUUUUUUUU